ACAGGUUGCUUACACCAUGUUCAGGGUUUAAGACGAUUGUUAGGCCAAAGACAUGUGCUCUACAACAUCUUAAUCGGUUCUCUGAGCAGUAGUUUCCGUGAUAGUAUCUGUGUUGGAUGGUCAUAGGUACUCAUUGGAUUGGUGCAGGCUUUUUAAGUCAGUGUUUGAAGACUUUUAAAGACUAAAGUUAUUAAGUUAGCGGUGUUGUAGUCAUGUAACAACAAUACGUAUCAGUAAUUUAUCCGAUUCAUGCAAUACCGUUUAAAGUUUAGUUUCAUAGUUUGUACGACAAAGCUUUCAGCUUUUUAUCUUAAAGGUACAGUAGCUGAUAGUUUGUCAUUUUACUCCCCAUUCCUCGUGUCCUAUGCCAGCAUCUUGGACAGAGGUGUCUGAGAGACAGAUGUGUCACCACCCAGCGUUGAGUGCGAGAGGAUAGAAUUCACUCUGACCAGUCAAGUUGUACUACUUAUGACCCCAGCCAGACUGUGCUUCAUGACUAGCCAACAAGCCCAGUUCACUUUAGACAGUGCUGUUUGUAGCUGGGUAGCGUAUAAUCAGGUACAGUAUGGGUCUUUGGGGUAAGCCUCCUACACAGGCCUCGGUGGAUGGCUCCCAAACUGUCCUGAGCAAUGAAGACGAGAACGAGGUAAGACACCAGAAAGACGACGACUUAGUCUACUUCUGCUGUCUGAGUUUAGUUGGCAUUCUGUGGAAGAUUCAGGUUGGCAGGUCUGCUGCAGCAUGUAAAUAGCAUUUCAUAUCCCCUGCUAAUGAACAAUAUUAGGAGGAUUUAGGGUUCUUAAAUACUUUAAUCCUAGGGUUUAUGUAAAACCCCCACUUAGGCUACGUUUUGAAUCCCACACUUCUCUUCUAUUUGCUAGUAAUGGGGGAUAUGAACAUUGCACAAUAGCCCUAGAGGAUCUCUGUCUUUAAGGAUUAUGUGUUUAUUGGGUCAUGCUACAUUGGUAUUGGUUUUCCUUUUCAAGCCACUACUGGUUUCUAAUUGGAUUUGUUAUGAGCCGUUCUGCCGGGUUGUCCCCCUCGUCAGAACGACGCCUACCCUCCUGCUCAUCUAAACACAUCCAUGGAAGAUUGGAAUUGAUUCUAUCUUUAAAGCCUGCAGAAUUUUUUUGUGGCCAUCAUAUGGUCAUGGUUUCUAACACUUCCAUGUUGACAUAGGUUUCUGAAAGAAUAUCUUCUCCUUGCGUGGGGGUGUAUUCCAUUAUUAUUGCAUCCUUGUUUAUGAAAGAAAAAAAAACACUUUUCCUAUUGGACAACCCUGUUGGAGGAAAACAAUGUUUCCCGAAAUUAACAUCAAGGCAGUGAGGCCUGAUGCCUACCCCCAGCAACACAAGAUCCAGGCUGAAGGCACUCGUCUUGGAUCCAACCGCCCCUACAAGCAGAAUUUUGGCACAGGCCCAGGUACUCUGCCCCACCUAGAGACCAGACCUGUGGCUGUGAACAAUGCCAAGACCCAGCACCAGUCAGAGAUCAUCCUGCCCCGGAUCACCUGCUUGGGCAUGCAGAGCCAGGGUAGUUUCCAGCAGGAAGAUAGAGUACGGAGCUGCACACUGGACAGCCAGGGGGAGCCCCUCAAUAACAAGAACAAGGCCCAGGAUGAGGGGUCUUGUGAAGGACACCUGCUGCCCAUGUCCCCUACUGAGGUCCUGAGGUUUUUCAGGGACAGCCUCACUGAGUUGGAGCAGGAGGAGAUCAUGGACUAUAGUGAAAUCUGGUACUUGGGGCUUGAGGCAGAGAAGAUUGAGGGAUCCCAUGGGCUCCCUCACAACUCUGGUUAUGAUGACGAACAGGGAGGCUACGUGACGGUUGCUCACAAUCACAUAGCCUAUCGCUUUGAGGUGUUGGAGGUGAUUGGCAAAGGAUCCUUUGGGCAGGUCCUUAAGUGCCUGGAUCACAAGUACAAAGAGCAUGUGGCCAUCAAGGUUAUCCGCAACAAAAAAAGGUUCCACCAUCAGGCCAUGGUAGAACUGAAGAUCCUGGAGGCUCUACGAAGGAAGGACAAGGACAACUGCCACAACGUCAUCCACAUGAAGGAAUACUUCUACUUCCGCAAUCACCUUUGCAUCUCCUUUGAGCUCCUGGGAGUGAACCUGUAUGAGCUGAUCAAGAAGAACAACUUCCAAGGCUUUAGCCAGGCCCUGGUGCGACGCUUUGCCUACUCCUUACUCAAGUGCCUGCAGAUGCUGCACAAGGAGAAGAUCAUUCACUGUGACCUUAAACCGGAAAACAUUCUCCUAACCAACAAAGGUCAAGGGAACAUCAAAGUGAUUGACUUUGGUUCCAGUUGCUAUGAGCAGCAGAGAGUAUACACCUACAUCCAGAGUCGCUUCUACCGAUCCCCAGAGGUGAUCCUGGGUCACCCCUACAGCAUGGCCAUCGACAUGUGGAGCUUGGGUUGCAUCCUAGUGGAGCUGUACACUGGUUUCCCUCUCUUUCCUGGAGAGAGUGAGGUGGAGCAGAUUGCUUGCAUGCUGGAGGUGCUUGGAAUGCCUCCACAUGAUUUCCUACAGACCGCAACCAGGAAGAGGCUGUUUUUCGACUCAAAGAACAACCCCAGGAACGUCAUCAACAGUAAGGGUAGAAAGAGACGCCCCAACUCCAAGGAUCUGGCCUUUGUGAUGAAGACUAAGGAUCCUUUGUUACUGGACUUUAUCCAGCGCUGCCUCACGUGGGACCCUAUGAAGCGCAUUACACCAGAGGAGGCGAUGCAGCACGAGUGGAUCCAGGCCAAGACCCGGCCCAAGACCCGGCCCACCAGGAAGCCCCACGAGGGCCAGAGCAGCAUGGUCAACGUGGAGCACAGCUCCCAAAAACCAGCCACCAACAGGACAGUUGAGAAAACAUUCGUUGAUGGCAUCGAUAGGAUGAAAAGAGAAAACUCAGGGAAGCUGGCAUCAUCUGAGCGCCUGCGGCCAAUCGGGGCUUCUGCUGAGCAACAGAUGGGCGAGGGCAUAACCAGGAACAUGAGGGAGAGGACCAUCCACAUUGCCAUCAGGCCCCCUACAGGGACCACUGAAGAGUCAAACAGUCCAGCCCUGUCCCAGGGCUUGCCCUCCAUCACUUGAGCACCCAACAGAGGGAA